CCAAAGUCUGGGUUUGCCAGACCAGAACAAAAACAGGAAUUUUCAAUCUGCAAUGCAAAGAAUAUAUUCUGGCCCUAAACUAAAGGUUACAUGCCAACAGGAUUCAAGUACUUUUAGAGGAUCCCAGAAUGGAGAACAUUGAUUGGAUCUUCAGUUUGGAGAAAUGAUCAAGGACAGGGCUUUUUUUUUGUCAUGGAACACACCGGAAUGGCAUUCUGGCUCCUUUUUUCGACAGAUAUUCCAGAGUUCCGUUCUUUUCCUAUUGUUGCCCUUCCUAUCCUCGUUUGCUUUUGAAAAUGCCCAACUGGCAGUACAGUGGGAGCGGGGUCCCCUCCAGCGCUGUCUGCCUCCUCUAGGAGGAGCCAUGAGGCACCAGAGCACCACAACCAGAGCGUGGCUUGAUUGGCUGGGUUGGACCAUGUGGUAUGGAAGCCGAUGGUGGCAAUGGGAGACACAUAAACAUGGAGGCCAUCUUUCAUGAGAGGAGUAUGCAGUGUCAUAUAUGCAGUUUCAAAUAUUUGCUGACAGUCCUGAGAACUAGAAACAAAAGGCAAAGAAAGAUUAAAAGUACAGAUUUUAGGCCUCUUGAGAAGAAGAUCUGUGAGGCACCACACAUUGUGAGCUCUACAAAGAUAUAGGAUGCCAUGUCCAAAUGUUUUAUGCAAUCUGGAUUGUGAUUUCAUCAACUUCAGUUCUCUGAAGCCUCCUCAAUUUUGUUGAUCAAUAGCAGACACCCCACCCCCACCAGGGGAUUCCAUGUGUUCAGCUGUGCCCAAGGGCCUCCAGAAUUAAUGGGAGUCUGAAUCAGCGCUCUUUAGCAGAGGACUUUCCGUUCUGCAAAUCUUCCUUCUGAGGUUCACCAAAAGCCAGUUAUAAUGGUACAUGGUGAAGGUGGAGUCAGAUUCCAGAACUGGGCUAGAACUUAUGGUUCCUCUCCAGAAAUGUAUUUCCAGCCAACAUCAGUUGAUGAGAUCAGAGAGAUCUUGGCUCUGGCCAGGCAGAAAAGCAAGAAAGUGAAAAUGGUUGGUGGUGGACACUCCCCAUCAGACAUUGCCUGCACAGAGGAUUUCAUGAUCCAGAUGGGAAGGAUGAAUAAGAUCCUUGAGGUGGAUAAAGAGAAGAAGCAAGUGACAGUAGAGGCAGGGAUUUUACUCUCUCAUCUGAAUGUGGAGCUGAGCAAACAUGGCUUAGCUUUACCUAUUUUAGGAGCUGUGUCAGAUGUGGCAGCUGGUGGAGUCAUUGGAACUGGCACUCACAACACUGGCUUCAGUCAUGGCAUCUUGGCCACUCAGGUGGUGGCCAUGACACUGUUGACAGCUUCAGGGGAAAUCCUGGAGUGCUCUGAAACUGUGAAUCCUGAACUUUUCCGAGCAGCAUGUGUACAUCUGGGUUGUUUGGGCAUCAUUCUCACAGUCACCUUCCAAUGUGUAACAGAAUUCUACUUGCAAGAAACCAUCUUCCCUUCUACACUCAAGGAGGUUCUUGACAACCUAGAAAAUCACCUGAAGAAAUCUGAGUAUUUCCGCUUCCUUUGGUUCCCUCACAGUGAAAAUGUGAGCAUCAUCUACCAAGAUCAUACCAACAAGCCUCCCUCUUCCUCAGCAAACUGGUUUUGGGAUUAUGCCAUUGGAUAUUAUCUGUUGGAGUUCUUUCUUUGGAUCAGCACAUUCCUGCCCUUCUUGGUAGCUUGGAUCAAUCGCUUCUUCUUUUGGUUCCUCUUCACUGGCAAAGUGGAAAAUGUGAAUUUGAGCUACAAAAUCUUCAACUAUGAAUGUCGAUUCAAGCAGCAUGUGCAAGAUUGGGCCAUUCCCAUUGAAAAAACAAAAGAUGCUCUUCUGGAGCUAAAGGGGAUAUUGGAGACCAACCCCAAAAUGGUAGCCCACUAUCCAGUAGAAGUGCGCUUCACCCGGGGGGAUGACCUCCUCCUGAGCCCUUGUUUCCAGAGGAAUAGCUGUUACAUCAACAUUAUUAUGUACAGGCCUUAUGGGAAAGAUGUUCCACGCCUUAACUACUGGCUUGCCUAUGAAGGUGUCAUGAAGAAGUUUGGAGGGAGACCACACUGGGCAAAGGCCCAUACAUGUACCCGGAAGGAUUUUGAGAAGAUGUACCCAGAUUUUCAGAAGUUCUGUUGUAUUCGUGAGAAACUAGACCCCAGAGGAAUGUUUCUGAAUAAUUACCUGGAGAGAGUCUUCUAUUGAGGGAUACAAUAGAGAAGGUGGUCAUGACAUGGACAAGCCCCUUACUAAGGAUUCUCCGUGGUUAUUCUAGUUGGAUGGAUAAACAUUUAUUUGCUAGGAUCUGAUGCCAAACCAAGCUGCUUUUAGAUUGCCCAGAAGUCCAUUUAAAUGUGUUGGGGAAAUAGAGAAAAAAGUAACAAAAAGGGGAACAUUUUUGCAUCAAUUAAAAUACAAUCCACUGUUCCCCAUUUUCUUAAGAGAGAUACAAUAGUAUGACAAUAAUUGCCUUUUCCCAAUUCUUUAUUCCCAAAUUAUUUUGUGACCCUCUGAGUGAUUCCAUAUUGCUGAUGCUUCCAUUCCAUUCCCCAAUUCUAUUAUCAGCCUUCUCCUUUCAGAAGUCAACCAUGUUAUCCCUAUUACACUAGCCAAAUUCUGUAUGGUUGCAAUGAAAAGGAGGCAACAAGUCAGACAAAAGUCUCUGAACAUAUUUUAUUUCAUAUGCUUUAUUCUUUUGGGUUUAGAAGGUAUUCCAUAUUGGUAUUUUGGUUUAGCUGAUCUUUGAUAAAGGAUUGUUGCUAUUAUUUCAUAGGUAAAGGAAGCAUCCCCCUUAUCCACAUGCAUGAUUUAUUAGAACAUGGAACUGUAUGUAUAUAUUCAGAUUUCUAUUCUAAAAUAAAAUCCAGAUGGGCCCACAAUCAAAAUGAAAAGUGAUCCACCUGUUUAUUAGAUGGCAUUACUCUCCUUUCUGUCUUUCUGAGGUUACUCCUCAAGACUAUCUUUUUUUUUCUUUGUUCUUACAUUUUUCAGUUUUGGAACUCUGACUCCUCCUCUCCAGUCUCUCCCUAAUUUAAGCAUUUUGAUAAAAAUGUGGGAAAGGAUUUGCAGGAAUGAUGUAAAUUUCCUUAAUGAUACUUUAAAUGUGCACUAUAAAUAGAAUAGGGUUGGUGGUAGAGUUUUGAAUAGUAGAUGAUGGUGGAGUAGACUGAGAACUAUAUGCCAGUGAAUAGGACUAGAAUUGGUAGAGAAGCUCAGAAUUUGUACAUUCUUCUCUUCCAAUCUACCACUAACCACGUGCCCAUUGCUACUACUCUGUAUGCACAAACCUUCACCACAUUGCCAGGCUCCACAGUGUGAACCUGGAGGUCACUUCAAGAAGUUGAUUGCACUCUCUUAACACAAAAGUGCAAUCCUUUUUUAUACACACCCUAGUUUAAAUGCAGCAUUUGUUUUUCCUAUCUUUUUGCUUUAC